AGCAUUUCAAAGAAAUGGGAAAUUGAAACUGCUGAAAGUGUAACUGGGAACUGUGCCCAUGUGUGAUGCUGAUUUACAAGCAGGGAAACAUCUUCAGAGUUUAUGGCUUCAAACGGUCAUCAAAACCUUCAACAAUGAAGACUGCUGCACUUUUGUUUUUCUGGCGUGUCUGCUUGCUACACAAGUGCAUGGGCAAAAAAAGAUUAACAGGUGCUCGUGUGUCGGUAAAGGCCUGGACAGGGUUGUACUGAGGAACAUUGAGAAGUUUGAAAUCAUCCAUCCAAGUCCAUCUUGUGGAAAACAGGAUGUGACCAUGAAGAGCUCAUUGCAGAAAUGCUUAAACCCAGAGUUUAAAUUCACCAAGCCGCUAAUCAGGAGGGCUCUUGAAAAGAUAUUAGUAUUUUAACACUUUUUGUAGUCUGUAGUUAUCAAAUAUGAUAUGGCUAUUUCUGAAAUUAAUCAAUUAAAUAAAAAGUCUGAUGAUGAAGUGUGUGUGGUCUUUUCAGGAUCCAGCAAUAAGCCAUUAAAGGACACCCUGUUAGAUACUGUAAAACCACCAUG